ACACGCGCACUCAUUCACGCUCUCUCCAAACCGGUGGGGCUGACUGCCGCGAGCCAUACGCGACGAUGGGACCCUCGGCUCGUGCCCCCGGUGCAGAGGAUGGCAGCUACGGCAUCAAGCACGACAGAAAGACUCGGAAGCCACUGGUGGAGAAAAGAAGACGCGCGCGCUUCAACGAGAGUUUGCAGGAGCUCCGGAUGCUGCUCGCGGACACGGAGUUAUCAGCAAAGAUGGAGAACGCUGAGGUACUAGAGAUGACGGUGAAACAGGUGGAACAGAUUCUUCAGAGUCGCACUCAAGAAGUUUCUGCGUGCGGUGAGCCGGGUGAGCGCUACGCGGCCGGCUACAUCCUGUGCAUGCACGAGGUGCACAACUUCCUGUCCAGCUGCCCCGGCCUGGACGCCAUGCUGGCCGCACAGCUGCUACGCCACCUGCUGGAGAGCAUGCCACUACACCAGGAC